AUGUCUCCCGGAAAACCCACCUCCAUCGUCACGGCCGACAACGCUGGCCGCGGCGAUACCGACGAACAAAGAAACGGCACCGAAAUCAAGUCCAUCAACAGAGACGGUAUCGACAACGAUAACCGCCGAGAAGUUUCUGACGAUAAGCGCACCCAAAAAGACACGGAUAGCGGCAACUCCCAAAAAUUUACCAACAACGAAGCCACUACCAAGGACGGCAUGGGAAACAACGUGCGCACCGGUAUCAUCGCUGAGCGACAACAACCCGGCAUCAAAGGCAAACGCAAGAGCAACGCCAUUGUCGACGAUGAUAACCAAACUGAAUCCAUCCAUCGCGCGCGUCGCGCCCGGCAUACCUCUCUCCCAGUGACCCAGCACGACGUCUUGCCUUUGACUCCUGUUCCAGGCAAUCCUGAUCGUUACGGACCCCUUUUCCCCGUAACAUCUGCCAGGAACGCCAAUUCUGGAACUAGCAACAUCGCUUCCGAUACCCCCCAUGACAGCCGACCAAAUAACGAGCAGGACUGCACCAUCGAUAGGCCCCCGCAGCUAGUGCAGGCUUUUCGGACUCCAGAGCUGGGAAGUCGCAGUCCUCAACGUCAGCAUCGAGACGUGCCGCUCCAUCCCUGGGCUGAUGCUUUGUCCUCUGUGCUUGGCGCUGAGCCUGUACAGGAAAAUUCUGAACCCGUGCUACCGAGUGAGGAUGGCUUGGGAGGAGUUCAUACACCACUGGAAGUGAACUUGUUCCAAGAUUCUGAACUUUUCACACCUCUGGGCACCGAAUUGGAGGACUGGGGAGACAGCUUCGUCCCUGAUCCACUGGCAAGAUAUUACCAUUCCCAGACGACCACCCAGCCGCAAGAUGGGCUGAUUGAGAAUUUUGAAAACCCAAAUCGGUCGAUUCAUGUAGCCAACCCUAUGUAUUUCAACGGCACCUACUGGAACACUCCUGACAACAGACAGCCAAGCAACAACAAUAACGAUCAGCUGCUCCAGCAAUACCAACAGCAACGACCCUUCCCCAUUCAGCAUCCGCAGCCGCUGAACCAUCCAUUUGUCCAGCCCGGCAACCAGCGUGCCCUCUUCAACGGGCAGCACAUGCCCACAGCCACUGCUACUCGGACUCAGCCGAUCCAUCAACAGCAAGCUCCACCCACCCUCCAUCAACUCGCGCGGCCACACCAAUCCCCAGUCCGCAGCGGCAACGGCGCUGGCGGCCAGCCAAGAACAUUGGGGGAAAUCAUUACCGGGCUCGACCAAGAACUGACACGGCUGUACCAAGUCCGCAAUAGCUGGGGAGGGAGGUAG